AUGCCGCUGCGGUCGAGGGGGCCAUCCUCUGCCGCCUCCGCCAUCAGCUGCGACUCCAGUGACUACCAGAGUGUGACGAGCCUGGGCCCGGCGUCCGCCGCCGGUGUGGACUGCGACGCGGUGCUGGCGCAGGAGAGGGAGGUGGCGGAGGCGCUGGAAAUGCUGGCGGCCGAUGGAGACUCGGCCUGGCGCCACUUGCAGUACAAGGACGUGCUGUCGCUGUGGUACCGCCAGGUGCCGCACUCCAGCCGCCACCACCUGAAGAUGAAGGUGGAGGUGGCGCACCCCAUCAAGCACCUGGUGGCCAUGAUGCAUGAGAUGUGCAUGGAGCCGAUGGUGGUGGAACGCGCCAGCAUCUUUGAGGCCAGGGUCUACACGGGACAGUGGAUUCCAUCGCCCUUCAAGGAUGCCAACAUCCUGCUCAAUGUCAGGGCGUUUGAUCUGGCAGAUGAGCACAGCAGCCUGCUGGUCCUGUUUGAGAGUGAGGACCUGGACGUGUCGGACCCCCGGCUCCCCACCGCGGUUUCUCAGCGGCGCACCAUCGAUGUGCUGCCGGGGUCUGGCAUCCGAUUGCAAGCGCUGCCCGCCGGGCCAGACGGCAUCCCCAGGUCCCUGGCCGACAUUCAUCUUGACUUUGACCCGCACUUCCCUUACGUCCCCUCUGUGCUCGUCAGCUUCCUCCUGAGGGUGCUCUGCCCCUACCUCUACAAUGUCAUCAUCAAGGUCCUGGAUUCUCAGUUCAGUGGCGAUCAGGGCUGCAUGUACGAGGAGAGGGUCGCCUCGCGACCCGACCUGUACAAGUACCUGGACCGACGCCUGCAGGGGUUCCAGCCCAGUCCGGCAGCCGGGGCCUGA